AUGACCUCAGGACUGGUGUGUGUGUCUCAGGUUGUGACCAUGUGCUGGAAGCUGCUCUUCCUCGCGGUGCUUCUGAGUUGCUCACAGUUCGGACUGGGUCAGCAGAAACUCAGGAAAACACAACGGGACGACAACCGUGUGCUGCUCAACAAAGCUAAAGUGCUGCUGUGUCCACUGGAGGUGCUCUUCCUCCUGGACAGCUCAGAGACAGUCAGAGGUCUCCUGUUUGAGCGGCAGAAGAAGUUUGUCUCUGACCUGGCUCCUCGGCUCAUGCAGCUACAGUCUCCUGGGUGGAGGAUGAGGGUCCGGCUGGCUGCGCUGCAGUACAGCAGCACUGUGUCUGUGGAGCACAACUUCAGGGACUGGCAGGACGUGGAUGUGUUCCAGAGCAGAGUGGCCUCCAUCAAGUUCAUUGGACACGGCUCCUACUCUGCCUACGCCAUCGCCAACGCCACCAAGGUGUUCUCUCGGGAGACCUCCCCCAGCAGUGUGCGUGUGCUGGUGCUGCUCACAGAGGGCGGGGACCACCCCCGCAGCCCCAGUGCUGUGUCUGCGGCUGCGGAGGCAAAGCAACACAACAUCCAGGUGUUCACUGUGAGGCUCUCUGCUCUGCCGGGGGUCGGGGCUCUCAGCACCAGGCUGCGCUCCAUCGCCAGUGCCCCCCCCCAGCACCACGUCCUCAGCCUCGCUGACCCUCAGCUGGGGGACCGCCUGCUCACUCACAUGGGUUCCAUUGUAAACAACGGGUGUCCACUGCCAGAGUCCUGUCUGUGCGACAAAGGAGAGAGGGGUCACCCGGGCAACCCAUGGCAGCAGGGACCUGUGGAGCAGCUCAGGUCAAGGGCAGGAUCAGCCGUAGUCCGGGUUUAUUCUGCAGGGGGCACAGACAGGUCAGCCCCAGUGUCCAGGCUGACCCUCGCUGCUCUCACUCUUGUUACUUUCACGCAGGGAAAAGCAGGCGUGCAGGGAUCAGAUGGCCCUGCAGGUCCAAAGGGCUCUCGCGGAGAGCCUGGGGUGAACGGCAGACCAGGACUGGAGGGGCUGGAGGGUCGACCCGGCAGCAAAGGAGAAAAGGGUGAGCGAGGCUUAAGGGGAACCCCUGGCCCACCCGGAGAUAACGGUGUGGGUUACCCUGGCCCAAAGGGAGAUAAGGGAAGCCAAGGCAGAGCAGGGCCACAAGGUCCAGUGGGACUGGGAGAGCCGGGUGUGCCUGGGGCAUCUGGUCCUCCUGGGAUGCAGGGGUCUCCAGGUUUUCCUGGGGAGGGCCUUCCUGGACCAAAGGGCGACAGGGGUAAUGAGGGCCCCAAAGGCAGCCGCGGAACUCCUGGAGUUGGGUCAAAAGGGGACAAGGGGAACAGUGGAGUUCCAGGGUCUGCAGGUUUGAUGGGGUUCCCUGGAGCAGGUUUACAGGGAGACAAGGGGGAACAAGGGCCUAUUGGGCCCUCUGGUCCGAGAGGACCUCCUGGACUUGGUGUUGUUGGUCCAAAGGGAGACCAGGGCUUUCCUGGUGAGCCUGGUCCGCAGGGAGAGCGAGGAGUGGGUGAACCUGGACCAAAGGGAGAUACUGGUCCAGAUGGGGUAGCUGGGAUCCCAGGCAUUCCCGGAGAGGAUGGGGCAGUCGGAGCCAAGGGAGAGAUGGGAGUGCCAGGGCCGCGGGGGACUGAGGGAGAAGCUGGAAAAGGCUCCCCCGGAGAAAAGGGGGACCAGGGGGACAGAGGAGCUCGAGGCCUGGCAGGACCCCCAGGGCCCGCCGGACCAGCCGGUGCAAAGGGAGAACCCGGAGGCCAGGGAAUGGUGGGGCUGCCUGGUGCUGUCGGCCGUGGGCUGCCAGGAACAAAGGGCGAGCCUGGAGCAGUGGGACCAACAGGACCUGUCGGAGAGCCUGGAGUGGGAAUCAUGGGACCAAAGGGGAACAGAGGCAGCCCUGGGCUUGUGGGGCCUGCUGGCAUGAAGGGGGAAGGUCUUCCUGGAGCCCCGGGGCUGCCUGGCCUUCCUGGCCUCCAAGGAGACAUGGGGCCAGAGGGGAGAGGGCUGCCUGGACCUAAGGGGGACAGAGGCUUAUCGGGGGUUCCGGGCGCAACUGGGCCCCCUGGGAUUGGUGUUUUUGGGCCAAAGGGUUCGUCUGGUCAGCCGGGACCUCCAGGGAUGGCAGGGCCACCGGGGGCAGGCAUCCAGGGCCCUAAGGGUGAGCCAGGCUUUCAGGGGCCAGUGGGUCCUCGGGGCCAACAAGGAGACGGGCUUCCUGGAGAGAAGGGAGACAGAGGCGUGUCAGGGGAGCGAGGGAGGAAAGGAGACAAGGGAAACCAUGGAGAGGCCGGAUCUUCAGGACCUCUGGGAAGACCAGGAGAAAAGGGAGACGCAGGACUGUCAAGAGAGGAGGUGAUGCAGAUCAUCAGAGAAAUCUGUGGUUGUGGUGUCCGCUGCAGAGAGCGCCCUCUAGAGCUGGUGUUUAUCAUUGACAGCUCUGAGAGUGUGGGUCCUGAUAACUUUGAGUUGGUCAAAGACUUUGUCACGUCCCUGACGGAGCGUCUGAGCAUCAGCAGACAUGGCGCCCGCGUGGGGCUGCUGCUGUACAGCCACGUGAACAUGGUGAUGGUCAGUCUGCAGCAGCAGGCCGACCAGGACCAGCUGCGCGCCGUGCUGCGCAGCAUGCCGUACCUGGGAGAGGGCACCUUCACAGGCAGCGCCAUCCAGGGAGCCAACCAGCUGUUCCAGAGUGCCCGGCCCGGGGUCCGCAAGGUGGCUGUGCUGCUGACCGACGGCCAGGCUGACCCCAGGGACGCGCUGCAGUUUGAGGAGACCGCCACACAGGCUCACAACAUGGGCAUCGAGAUGUUUGUGAUUGGGGUCCUGAACCAAACAGACCCUCUGUACGCAGAGUUCCAGGCCGAGAUGAGCGCCAUCGCCUCCGAGCCGUCAGACCAACAUAUCUACCUGAUCCAGGACUUCCACACACUGCCCACACUGGAGAUCAAGUUCCUGAAUCGCAUCUGUGAGUAUGAGAACAGAGGGGCCUUUCCACCAGACGCCAUCUUCUCAUCAGUGGUUCCACAAACACCUGCCCCCACUCCCACAGAGGGCCCCCAGGACAACCAUCUCCCAGUUAAAGACUUGGUGACCCGCAGUCCUGAAGCAGAUCAUCUGUUGGACCCAUGGCGCUCAGCUCCAGCUGGUGUCACUUCAGCGGUGGGGCCCCUCUCACCGAGUCACUGGCAGAUGGAGCCAGACUCCGCACUGGCCCCUGUGAGUGAGCCGAGCCCCCCAGCCACCACAGCCUCUGUGCCCGCUGUGGGCUGUGGCGAGCCGCUGGAGCCGGGCCCCUGUCGGCAGUACGUGGUGCGCUGGUACUACGACCCAGAGGCCAACUCCUGCGCUCAGUUCUGGUUCGGAGGCUGUGACGGAAACAACAAUAACUUUGAGUCUGACGCCUUGUGCCAGAAGAACUGUGUGUCUACGUAA